AUGUCAACGAGCUGGGUUUCCCUCCCAUCUUGGUCAUCUGGUCGAAAAAAGUCUCCGCCUUUUGGGAAAGCCCAUCUCUCAAAUAAGCGCUCAAGAGCAGAUUACCUAAUCGUGGGUCAAAAGUCGAUUUUACCGAAAGCCACUCAUCAUACAUUUUCUCAGCACCCUCGAUUUUGGAUCUACCGAGUUGUCGAGCUCCAUCUGCUGAAAAACUUGCUCCAUUUUAUCUUGGGACCCACAGGAAGAGAGCCAUAUGUUAUAUUGGGCGCUAUCCCUUUCUCCAUUACUUCUGAUAUUAACGACUCCACUUUCUCGUGGUCUUUGAGGGACUCGGCUUUUUCCCUCAUCAUUGAGCGGGCGUACGCAUUUAGAAGGGAGCCGUAUAUUUUAUUGUCCAUUGAGGCGCUUGGAAUUUUUUUGAAGUAUUGUUCGGCGCUCGAGACACCGUGCACUUUCGCGAUGAGGUCGAGUUGGAUGGCAGCAUCGCUGGAGGUUGUUGUGAACCUAUGUGGCCUGUUAUUCAUCCAUUCAUAUAUCUGCAAAAGGCACAACGAUUGGAUGCUAGAAUUGAAGAAAAUGACACGAUCAUCAAGGACUGUUUUUUUAAUUCUCCAGAAAACCACAGAGUACCAAUCCGCACCUACUGAAAAAAGGGCGAAUUUUGAAGGAGCUCAGAUGAGAAUGAGAGCGCAUUUGAAGCGUAAACAUUGCAGUGAUUCUGUUUGGGAUAAUUUGGAGGAGGUUUUGGAAUGGUGGGUUGGAGAAGCAUGGCGUGUGUGA